AUGAUGACCUCCACGAGGAUGGCCCUUUGGUCCCGAAAAAAACCCGUCACGGCCAAAGACUGGAAAAUUCAGAAUCUCGUCAAGUUUGUCGAUGCCAUCGAGGCAUGUGGUGAGGACGAGGAAAAGCUGAAGCUCUUUUAUGAGAACCUGUCCAUUUCUCUGGGCGAAUCGCAACUCCCGUACCGUGCGUUUCUUGAGCACUACGAGGAAAAGUUAGAGGUCCUCAGAUUCAUCGCUAGCUCUUCCUUCGUACAAGAAGAGGGACAGAAGGCUAGGCGCAUUGAGCAUGCUUUGAUCAACCGCUUUGUCUGGGCCGCCAUCUGGGUAGCCCCCAUCGAAACCUUCAGGGAGUGGAAAACGACCAUCGAUAACGAUGAACCACUGCACUUCGAUAAUAUGACGGCAAAGAUGAAGGCUCUUUUGCCCGAACUUGUCAAUAUUUGGAAGGGAAAGAAUCCUAGCGGCUCCUCUAACGUCCAGCCGCGGCCAGCGAGAAUGGAGGCCCCGAAAAGAGCCGCUCUUGAGCGCGACAAUUAUCGAUGUGUGAUACUUGGAUCGCAUGACCCACAGGUGGCUCACAUAUAUCCAUACGCAUCCAUCUUGAACGCCAGCCGCUGCUCUACAAUGACUCGCUUUGUUUUGAGGGAGGUGUGGGGCGACGACGCCAUUCGAAAGUUCAUGGAUCUGAUGAAUAUGAACCAUGUCGACGUCGCAGAGAAUAUGAUUAGCCUCUGUUGCCAGAUUCAUUUCUGGCUCGACCAUCUGAAGAUCGCGCUGGAGCCUGUGGAAGCCAUGUCAAACCCUCACAAGCUGUUUGUCCGAGUGCGACACUUGGCGGAUUCGAAUCUCCGCCCGAAGCGGAAAGGGGUCGACCCAACCGUCCCACUCGACACAGAUCCCAAAAAGGUACUCGAGGAUUUAAUGACGGGAGCCACGGGAUCUGCCAAACAGAAAAUCGAGCUCAGUGCUCGCCACUUCAAUAGCGGUGAGCCGAUCAGAGACGGCCAUAUGUUCUUGAUGGAGACCAACGACCCACAAGAAUCGCCUCUACCAAGCAUCGAAAUCAUGAAAGUGGCUUACCGAAUGGCCCUGAUGAUUCAGCUUGCUGGAGCUGCCGAAGACGACGAUGAAUACGACGACGAAGAAUACGACGACGCUCCAGACGCUCCCGACGCUCCCGAGGAUUCCGUUGGUACUCCGGACUCCGAGACCAACUUUUCCGCUGUGGAUUACGAUUCACUUCGGGGUUCCGAGUAG